AUGUUUUCAGCACGAAUUGGUUUACUUCACAUUGCAAAGCGAUUAGGGACGACUUACUUGAGAGCCAAACACCUGGGGUAUAAAGGUUAUAAACAAGGUGGUUGGGACUUCAGUUUUAUUUCUCGCCUACUACCUGAUUUCAUAGAGAAAAGACAGAAGCUAUGGGAUAAGUUAAAACAGGAAAAGGAUGAUUGGAUAGCGCAGCAGAACCAGGUUCCAAUUAAAGUCAGUUUGCCAGAUGGGACUGUAAAGAAUGGCCAGGCAUGGAGAACCACUCCCUUUGAGAUUGCAGCAGGCAUCAGCCAAGGGCUUGCUGACAGUGCUGUUGUAGCAAAAGUUAAUGGAGUAUUAUGGGACCUUGAUCGGCCGUUUGAAAAGGAUUCUUCACUUCAGUUGUUCAAAUUUGAUGAUCCUGAAGGAAAAUAUGUAUUUUGGCAUUCCAGUGCUCAUAUACUAGGUGAAGCUAUGGAGCAAUAUUAUGGUGGUCAUUUAUGUUAUGGCCCUCCAAUUGAAGAAGGAUUCUACUAUGAUAUGUGGACUCCCGAAACUGUUUCAAGUUUGGAGUUGCCAAAUUUAGAAUCCCUAGUGAAAAAUAUAACCAAUUGUAAGCAGCCAUUUGAGAGAUUGGAAGUGACAAAAGCAGAUCUUCUACAAAUGUUUGAGUACAGUGAUUUUAAACAAAAGAUCAUCAAGGAAAAAGUACAGACCCCAACUACCACUGUCUACAGAUGUGGCUCACUGAUUGAUCUUUGUCGAGGUCCACAUAUUCGCCAUACUGGGAAAGUAAAAGCCUUUGCCAUUACCAAGAACUCUUCUGCUUACUGGGAAGGAAAUGCUGAGUCUGAGAAGUUACAAAGAGUGUAUGGUAUUUCUUUCCCUGACCCUAAACAAUUGAAAGAAUGGAAGCAUCUUCAAGAGGAAGCAGCCAGAAGGGAUCAUCGUAGAAUUGGAAAGGACCAGGAACUAUUUUUCUUCCACGAACUGAGCCCUGGAAGUUGUUUUUUCAUGCCAAGAGGUGCCCAUAUAUAUAAUACUUUGGUUGAUUUUAUUAAGAAGGAAUACUGGCAGAGAGGGUUUACAGAGGUCAUGUCCCCCAACAUUUAUAACAGCAAGUUGUGGGAAAUAUCAGGGCACUGGCAACACUAUGCUGAAAACAUGUUCACAUUUCAGUGUGAAAAAGAAACAUAUGCUUUGAAACCAAUGAAUUGUCCAGGUCAUUGUUUGAUUUUUGAUCAUGGUGUGAGAUCUUGGCGAGAGUUGCCCUUGAGGCUUGCUGACUUUGGUGUGUUGCACCGCAAUGAAAGCUCUGGAGCACUGACUGGUCUGACUCGUGUGAGGAGGUUUCAGCAAGAUGAUGCUCACAUAUUUUGUAGGAAGGACCAGGUAAAAGAGGAAAUUCGCAGUUGUUUGGACUUCUUGAAGUACAUAUACGGUACUUUCAACUUCACAUUCAGCCUCAGGCUGUCUACCAGACCUGAAAAAUAUCUUGGAGAAAAGUCUGUCUGGGAUGAAGCAGAAAAGCAACUUGAAGAAAGUUUGAAUGAGUGUGGGCAUCAGUGGGAACUUAAUCCAGGUGAUGGUGCAUUUUAUGGACCGAAGAUUGAUAUCACGAUAAAUGAUGCCUUGAAGAGAAGCCAACAAUGUGCCACCAUACAGCUUGAUUUCCAGCUUCCAGAAAAAUUCAACCUUACCUUCAUCAAUGACCAUCAAGAGCAUGAGAGGCCUGUGAUAAUCCACCGUGCAGUGCUAGGAUCUAUUGAGAGGAUGAUAGCAAUUCUUUGUGAACAUUUUGGUGGCAAAUGGCCAUUCUGGCUGUCACCAAGACAGGCGAUUGUGGUGACUGUUUCCCCAGUUUUUGAUGACUAUGCACGAGAAGUGAUGAGUCAGAUUCGUGCUGCAGGCUUCCUGUGUGAAUAUGAUCUUGACCAGGGACUGACAUUGAACAAGAAAAUUCGCAAUGCCCAGUUAGCCCAGUACAAUUUCAUCUUUGUUGUGGGAGAGAAAGAGACCGCCAACAAGACAGCUAAUGUCCGCACACGUGACAACAAGGUUCACGGAGAACACAGCAUAGACCAUAUUAUUACCCGUUUCCAGGAACUGAAGAAUUCAAAGGCUCUGGAUGCCGAAGAAGUCUUUUAG